CUUUUGAAACUGGGAACUCCAAGAAACCCACCCCAAAGCGAUUGAGAUAGCUCCGAUUAUCUCAAGCUGCAGUUUUUGCACAAAUAGUUGAUAAAAGCAAAUUCGACAAUGGCUUCUUAUCCUAGUGCUUCCGCCUCCCAGUCGACAGGAACCUCUGACCUGGACUCAGAAUCCGUGGAAGUUCUGCGGGAGCGCCUGAGCACCAUGAAGCGGCUGAUGGCCGAGCGGACGACCCAGCAGCAGAACAACCCGGCGACUACGGAGGAGAUAUUUUCCACCAAGCGCCACCGAUCGGCGGGCAUUAUUGACGGCAAUUUCUUGAGCAUCGCAUUUGGAGGAGCUCUUUUGGUGAUCAUCACGGUUUCGGUGUACGCCUUCUACAACCUAUAUCAUGCCAUACUCAAGAAGUUCCCAUCGCGCCACGAGGAGCUGUAAGCGGUGCCAAAAAUUGUCGGGCUUUUCCCCACUUGAAAUGUACGAGUUUCUGCAUUUAAUAAUAAAUUGUAGCUUGAAUUUUAACUAGCAAGCGGUUAGAAGUGAAAA